AGUCUUUGGUGGGCUAAACAAAUCCUUUAAAAUCUUCAUAUAGAUUUCUUUCCAUUAUUUAUUUUAUCCAUUAUCAAAGUCUUUUUUUUUUUUAAAUUUCUUUCUCUCGUUGUCUCCUUGGAAAUUACUUUCAUCAUUUAAAAAACUUGCUUACUCCGUAAACCAAAGCUAGAUCCAAUUAGUCUUAUUUCCUUUUUAUUCGUCUCUCUCUCACUAUCCGAGAUUUGGGUUGAAAAAUACAAACCCCCUUUUAUUUCUCCUCUUCUCUCCUACAAGCUCAUUCAGAACUCUCAACAUUUCCGGUAGAGAAAAAAAAACCGUUUUUUUUUUAAUCUCUUUCUAAAGAAGGAUAUCAAAACAAAACACAAAGUUGAAAACUUUGCAUCUGGGUUUGUCUAUUUUAGAUUCAGAUCUUAGUUUUUUUCGAUUGAAUAUCUACAAUGGUAAUGGAAACAGAGUCAAAGUUCCAUGUUUUAGCUGUUGAUGAUAGUCUUUUUGAUCGGAAAAUGAUUGAGAGAUUGCUUCAAAAGUCUUCAUGUCAAGUAACUACAGUUGAUUCAGGCUCUAAAGCUCUGGAAUUUCUGGGUUUAAGAGUAGAUGACAACGACCCAAAUGCACUCUCUACAUCGCCACAAAUUCAUCAGGAAGUUGAAAUAAAUCUAAUAAUUACAGAUUACUGUAUGCCUGGCAUGACUGGUUAUGAUUUGCUCAAGAAAGUUAAGGAAUCAGCGGCGUUUAGAAGUAUACCUGUAGUUAUAAUGUCAUCUGAGAACGUUCCUGCAAGAAUCUCCAGAUGUUUGGAAGAAGGAGCUGAAGAGUUUUUCUUGAAACCAGUGAAGUUAGCUGAUCUUACCAAGUUGAAACCUCAUAUGAUGAAAACGAAGUUGAAGAAAGAAAGUGAGAAACCAGUUGCCAUAGAAGAGAUUGUGGUGUCUAAACCGGAGAUAGAAGAAGAAGAAGAAGAGUCAUCAGUGAUUGAAAUCUUGCCUCUCCACCAAGAAAUUGAAUCCGAACAACUUGAACCAAUGUUGAGUAGUAAUAAGAGAAAAGCAAUGGAAGAAGUGGUUUCUACUGAUCGAUCACGUCCUAAAUACAAUGAUAUCACAACCUCGGUCUGAAGGAGGACUAACGCAACCCGAGAAGCCACUACAAGACCUAUAUGGAGAAUGCCAACAGAAUCUCUCAGUAGAAGAUCUGCUAACUCUUGCAUCUGAAGCAAACAACAACGGACUGCAAGGAGGACUAACGCAACCCGAGAAGCCACUACAAGACCUAUAUGGAGAAUGCCAACAGAAUCUCUCAGUAGAAGAUCUGCUAACUCUUGAAUAUGAAGCAAACAACAACGGACUGCUAGGAGUAAUACCGCAGCAACAUCGUUAUCAUCAGGAAAAAGAGACAAUGCAGACACAAGGAGAUCCACUAAAUCGAAUACCUAUUCAAUCAGAAGCUUCAAACCAUUCAGAUAGUGGUGAUAGCACACUAACAAUGGCUCAAAACCAGGAUGGUCUCGGACACAGUAGUUGUUUUAUUCUCUGUCAAUUUACUUCUCUCCCCUAGAUUAGCUUUCUUCGUUUUUUUCUUUUAUUUUUCAUGCUGUUAAACCCACAAGAUUUUUGGGAAGUUUCUUGCUACUAGCUUAAGAAUCCAAAACUAUUGCAAAGAUUGAAGCUUUCGAGAAUUAGUAAUGAAUCUUAUCAAAACUAACAGCUACAUUUACUAGCUUAAGAACCAUUAAACGAAUUGUAAAAUUCUCUCAUCUUGUGGGUGUAACAGCAUCAAAGAUCUAAAUCCAAUCUUAUCAAAAAUUGGAAGUGGUCGAAAGUUUUGGCCUUUUGAUACGAACAAGCUUCAAAGAUAUAAUUCCUGAGAUUGAAGAUGAAAUUUUUAUGAUUUGUUCCCUUUGGAAACGAAAACUGUAUUAAGAGAGCUAUUUGUCCCACAUCGGAAAAACAAAACGUUUUGUUGUUGUAUAUAAUAGGGAAGGUAGCGAGUAUUGUACGUCGAACUCAGUAACGCGGGCUUGUGAUCCAAGUGGAGACAAUAAGGGGAUGGGACGUUGGGUCGAUCUCAUUGGGCCGGGUUCGGGUUGGGCUAUAUUCUGGCCCGCCCAUUCCAAGUUGGGAGUUGAGGCAUGGGCUUCGAGCGAAGGCUCGGGUCUCAUGUCUUCUAGAGUGGGGGAGACCGCGUGAGGCUGGUUUCACAGAGCAGCGUCCACCUCCCGCUCUUGACGGUGGAAGGAUUACGGGCCAUUGCCUUCCGAGCCCACUAUGACCCAAUAAGCCGCUCCGAUUGGACCAUCACUUUUUUAUUUUCUCUUUCUUAUUUUUUUGUGUACUCUCUCGUUUUUUUCAGUAUUUCAAAACUGGACAA